AACUGCUCCAAAAGAAUGUGUUUUUCUCCCAUUCUGGAAAUCAACAUGCAGUCUGAAUCUAACAUUACAGUGCGAGAUGACAUUGAUGACAUCAACACCAAUAUGUACCAACCACUAUCAUAUCCAUUAAGCUUUCAAGUGUCUCUCACCGGAUUUCUUAUGUUAGAAAUUGUAUUGGGACUUGGCAGCAACCUCACCGUACUGGUACUUUACUGCAUGAAAUCCAACUUAAUCAACUCUGUCAGUAACAUUAUUACGAUGAAUCUUCAUGUACUUGAUGUAAUCAUUUGUGUGGGAUGUAUUCCUCUAACUAUAGUUAUCCUUCUGCUUUCACUGGAGAGUAACACUGCUCUCAUCUGCUGUUUCCAUGAGGCCUGUGUAUCUUUUACAAGUGUCUCAACAGCAAUCAACGUUUUUGCUAUCACUUUGGACAGAUAUGACAUCUCUGUAAAGCCUGCAAACCGAAUUCUGACAAUGGGCAGAGCUGUAAUGCUAAUGAUAUCCAUUUGGAUUUUUUCAUUUUUCUCUUUCCUGAUUCCCUUUAUUGAGGUAAAUUUUUUCAGCCUUCAAAGUGGAAAUACAUGGGAAAACAAGACACUUUUGUGUGUCAGUACGAAUGAAUACUACACUGAACUGGGAAUGUAUUAUCACCUGCUAGUACAGAUCCCAAUAUUCUUUUUCACUGUCAUAGUAAUGUUAAUCACAUACACCAAAAUACUUCAGGCUCUCAAUAUUCGAAUAGGCACAAGAUUCUCAACAGGGCAGAAGAAGAAAGCAAGAAAGAAAAAGACAAUUUCUCUAACCACACAACAUGAGACUACAGACAUGUCACAAAGCAGUGGUGGGAGAAAUGUAGUCUUUGGUGUUAGAACUUCAGUCUCUGUAAUAAUUGCCCUCCGGCGAGCUAUGAAACGACAUCGUGAACGACGAGAAAGGCAAAAGAGAGUCUUCAAAAUGUCUUUAUUGAUUAUUUCUACAUUUCUUCUCUGCUGGACACCAAUUUCUGUUUUAAAUACCACUAUUUUAUGUUUAGGCCCAAGUGACCUUUUAGUAAAAUUAAGGUUGUGUUUUCUAGUCAUGGGUUAUGGAACAACUAUAUUUCAUCCUCUAUUAUAUGCAUUUACUAGACAAAAAUUUCAAAAGGUCUUGAAAAGUAAAAUGAAAAAGCGAGUUGUUUCCAUAGUAGAAGCUGAUCCCAUGCCUAAUAAUGCUGUAAUACACAAUUCUUGGAUAGAUCCUAAAAGAAACAAAAAAAUUACCUUUGAAGAUAGUGAAAUAAGAGGAAAAUGUUUAGUACCUCAGGUUGUCACAGACUAGG